GAGUGGGGAGAACAUGAAAGCCACUGCCAUGUGGAAACGACAGGAAUGGCAUGUUGGAGGGAGGUUCGGUGCAGUGACGAGGAGAUAGGACAGAAACGACAGGAGUGGUAGAGGAUGCCUUUCGAGUUGGCGGAGGCAGAUGGCAUUGACCAGCUGGGCUGAAUGGCUGUUGAUUCUGUGCCGUUUGAUGCAAUUACCAUUUACGAAAGUGGAAGUACUUCGACAGACAAGCAGGAAGCCACGGAAUCGGAAAAGGAAGCAAGUGGCACUGUUGAAGUAGGUCUGAAGGCAGAACCUCACCACUUUGAAGAAGCGGAGAAUCGAUAGACGCUCUCUCUUGAUCUAGUUCUACAGAUGCUCUGUGCAGACCAGAGCUGUGUGUGUGUGUGUCUGUGCAUCUUAAAUACCGGGGACUAUGUUCCCAGUGAAGGUUGUGUUUCUCUGUCUUCUGCUCCUUAAGUCCUUGCUUGUCUUGCCCACUGAGCCCAAAGAGGAAUUUCUAUUCCGGGACCGCAUCAACAACAUCGCCGUCAGUACCAGCGGUCAGGUCUUCGUAGCCACUGACAACUCCUUGUAUCAGCUGAAUCAGGGCCUGGGCCAGGAGGUGGUCGAGAGCACGGGGCCUGGCCAGGAUGGGCCUUGUGAGGAAGAGCAUGGUUGUUGUGUCAAGUGGAAAGAAAAGGCCAACGUGAACAAGAUCCUGGUGGUGGACGAGCGUCAGCAGAUUGUUCUGACCUGCGGGACGUUGAGGCUGGGGGCUUGUGAGGUUAGGGAGUUGCACAACGUCAGCCACUAUGAGAGUGACAGGCUCAAGAAUGUCGCCCCUGUCUACCCAGAGGCUUCGACAGUUGCCUUUCUAGUAAAAACCACGCGAGUCGAUUACUUGGUAACGGCUGUGACUCCUGUUGGGGAGUCCAGCAAAUACUUCCCACCUUCCUGCAAAGGCAACAGCAGUUACUACAAUCCCAUGAAGGAAGGAUUGAACACCAUUUUCGUAAGAAAUCCUCGUAGGGGUAACACAUUUUUGAGCUUUAAUUAUGCUGAAUUUGGCGACGCAGUCGUAGAGGUGGACGAGCGGACUGCGGACCUCCAGUAUGUACAGGGUUUCCAAUGGCAGGAACAUAUUUAUAUCUGGCUUAAUGUUAACACCUCAGGUCCACAGGUUAUCCUCAUGAACGUGAAAGAAGAUGGCGCAAGUACGACUUGUACCGGUUUGGGAGCCAACCUGCUCUGCCCUAAGGAUAAAAGUCAAACCCUCAGAGUCCUAUCCUCCACCGCCUUCAACAUCACUUCCUCAGAUACCUUGAUGGUCGCGAUCUUCUCCGGACAAGGACAGUCUGAGUACAGCCAACUCUGCUUCUAUAACAUGACUGAGUUUAACACCUACGCCCAGCCUAAAGAAAACUACCCCUGUUUUAAGAAGAUAUCGCAACUGAAGCAAAAUUUAUCUUCAAUCAACAAGGAAGCUGUGUUUAAAUAUCCCGGACUACUGUCGGUAUCAGCCAGAGUUGUGAAAGAUUGGAUUGUCUUAUUUCUCGGAACAGAUGAUGGGCAAUUAAUUAAGCUUAUUCUGGACAAAUCCCUAAAAGUAAUUCGUCCAAUUGUUCUGGCUGAUUUGGAGAGUGAAAGCCCAAUUCAUCACAAUGUGAUAUUUGAUCCAUUGGACCAAAAUUAUUUGUACCUCGCAUCUGAGAAUGAGGUGAGAAGGAUAAAAGUGGCUAACUGUACACAAUACAGGUCGUGCACCGAUUGUUUGUCUGCACAGGAUCCAUUCUGUGAUUGGCACGUUGUGGAGAAAAGGUGUUUCUUUACCAGUGAAUGUGAAAGCAUGAAUCCAAAUGACUUCAUUACCAUGAAAGAUGGAAUCAACAGCUGUCUAAGAGUAACUUUAAGCCCGUUGGUGAUAGAUCAGUCUUUCGAGAGAACAAAGCUCUUUACAGUCGAAGUAACGUCAAAAUUCAACAAUGUCAUUCAACAAAACGCAACAUGUACACUGACGAAUGUUGGAAACAAGAAAGUCAUUUGCACAGGCAACUUCACCACUGAAUGUCCCUGCAAUGUUUCCGAGAACCACGCUCAGAUCAAAGAGCAGCCAGAUCCAAUGAUUAUUGAGGUGUCUAUUAAAUCUGGCUCCUUGAAUUUUGACAGCCAGUCCACAGUCCAUAACUGCUACAAGAUUGCAACGUCUCAGCAGACAAACACUCCAUGUACUGAUUGUAUUAAAUCUGGAUGUCACUGGUGUGCAGUAGAACAUCGAUGUACUUACACUUCAAGUUGCAGUAGACAUACUCAAAAGCUCUGCCCUCAAAUUUACGAAGUGAAAUUAAAUCAGACUUCAGAGAAUCUUGAUAUUGUUCUGACUCAUGCGGAAGUGCUGAAAAAUUCUAAUGUUGACCUGAAUUGUACGUUCGAUGGGAAGCUACAAGCGGCCAAGUGGAUCGGGGAAUCGGUCAUCCAGUGUGUCAGACCUCAGUUUGUGAAUGAAAGACGGCUCAUUCCUGUGAAUGUUGUCUACAGUAAAAAUUCCAGCUACAUUAUUGAUAAUCCGAACAAUAUCACAGUUUAUAGUUGCGAUGUCCAGAAGCCAGGCUGUGCUUUUUGUUCACCAGAAAGGAUUUGUAUGGAUCCAGUUGUUACAGCUGUAACACCAAACCGCGUGUACAUAUCUGGGGGACUCACGGUCAACAUCACUGGGACUGGUCUAGAUGUUGGAAUGAGUGCUAAGAUUCUCAUCAAAGGAAUAAGUGAAUCUGUUACAGCCAAAUCCAGCAACUGCACCAUUAGCAGCAACACCUCAGUAAGAUGUGUAUUGCCGGAGUCAUCCCGUGGUAAAAAGACACUGUGUUUGUUGUAUGAUUCUGAAAAAAGCUGUAUGGCAAACAGAACUGCUGUACUGCAGUACGUCAGACGCAUCUCUAUUACAAAGGUGCACCCAGCAGUCUCCUGGAUCAGCGGAGGCCGAGCCCUUACAGUAAGUGGGAUUAAUUUAGACGUGGUUCAAUGGAUGCAGACUUCAUUAACUAUAAACUCCAAGGAUCCAGGCAAAUGUUCACGUCAAAAUUCGAUCUGGGUCUGUCAGUCACUAUCUACUAAGAGCAGUGGAGCCCCAAGUGAGCAGCCCAUGUUAUUCAAUAUGUUCGGAAUAAAGCAGCAAGAGAUCAAUAUGACGUACCUAGAAGACCCUGAAUUCUACAAUUUCACAAUGGCUCGUGAUGACGAAAAAAUUGUGAUAACAGUAGCGAAAAAGAAAGAUCAUUUAAAACUUGUCAAGAGUGAACUGACAAUUUCUGUUCUGAAGAGCAAGGAAGGCCGAACAGAAUGUAACAUUACAGAAGUGACAGAAGAUAGAAUAAAAUGUGAACAGAUUACAUCCGACUCUUCAAUAUCUGAAGUGGAAGUGAAAGUUGGUGGUUACGAGAAAAUUUUAAGAAGCCAACCUCCCAGCAAAAAGCCCAUUUUAGUUAUACUGAUUCUGAUGCCUAUUAUGCUGCUGCUUUUCAUUAUUGGUUAUUUUUGGGCAACGAAGCGGAAAGCUAAACAGUUCUCUAAGAGUCUAAACAUUCAAAUGGAGCUUCUGGAAAGUCAGUUCCGAAAUCAAAUUCGUGAAGGUUUUGUUGAACUUCAGACUGAGGGAUCAGAUGUGCACUUAGUCGAUGAUUAUGGCAGUAUCCCUUUCCUGGAUUACAAACAUUUUGCUGCCCGAACAUUCUUUCCUGAGGGCAGCGUAGAGUAUGUGCCUGACUUUGUCAGAGAUCCAAUCGUCGAUGUGCCUCAGCAGGCACCUGGACGAGACAACUUGGGUGAAGGAUUCAAUGCAUUGUACAGCUUCCUGAAUAACAAACCGUUUUUGGUGACUGUAAUACAUAAUCUCGAACAGCAAAAAGACUUCUCCAUUAAAGAUCGGUGUAAGUUUGCUUCAUUCCUGACCAUUGCGUUUCAUAGUAAUUUAAUUUAUCUGACAAACGUGCUUGAUCGUCUUCUCAAAGACUUGAUGGAUGAAUCAACUGCCCAGCCAAAGUUACUACUCCGUCGCACAGAGACCGUGGUUGAGAAACUGCUCACUAAUUGGAUCUCCCUGUGCAUGUACGGCUUUUUGAGGGAAUCUGUUGGAGAGCCAUUAUUUAAGCUUGUAUCUGCAAUAAAGCAACGGAUUUACCUGGGCCCAGUGGAUGCAGUGAGUGGAAAAGCAUUGUACACACUAAAUGAAGACUGGCUAUUGUGGGAGGUUUCAGACUUUAAAACUCUGAAACUGGACGUUUCAUUCCAACUGAACACAGAGGCUAAUGAUGACAAUGAUCUGGACAGCAAGCCCACUCUAGAGGUGGAUGUUCUGGAUUGUGACACUAUAGGACAAGCAAAGGAGAAAAUCUUUGAGGCUUUCUUCAGCAGAUACGGUUACUCACAAAGAUUUCAAAUGGAAGAUAUCGACCUGGAAUAUGUUCAUAAUGGAUCAAAUCAAAUACUCCAAGAUAUCGACCAAUCAACACAAGUUCUUGAAAACGGGACAAAGAAAUUAAACACAGUUGGACACUAUCAGAUUCCAGCUGGAGCAUCAGUGGUCGCAGUUAGAAGAGUAGAUCAUCCAAAAAGAGAUAAUGGAUCUACAAAGAAACUUUGUCACCUGAUUUCACCAAAUUCAGAAUUUGCAGAAACCCCCACUCCAGAUGGAGGAAAACAAAAGUUCAAGGUUAAGGAGAUGUAUCUAACAAAGCUGCUAUCUUCUAAGGUUGCACUUCACCCUUUUGUCGAGAGCCUUUUCAGAAGCAUCUGGAACAUUCCAAAUAACAAGCCACCAAUAGCCAUUCGGCACAUCUUUGACAUUUUACAUGCUCAGGCUGUCAUUAAGAAGAUAACUGAUCCUGAUGUCUUACACAUAUGGAAGACUAACAGUCUUCCCCUUCGCUUUUGGAUAAACAUCAUUAAAAAUCCUCAGUUUGUGUUUGACAUGGAGAAGACCCCACACUUGGACGGCUGUCUGUCUGUCAUUGCACAGGCCUUCAUGGAUUCCUUCUCCUUAGUGUCUCAUAAGCUUGGGAAGCACUCUCCAACCAAUAAAGUGCUUUACGCUAGAGAUAUCCCACACUACCAGAAUGAAGUGAAACGUUACUACCACCAGAUUGCUGAAAUGGGGGCAGUGAGCAAGGAGGAAAUGGAGAUCUUUCUCACCGAGGAAUCAAAGAAGCAUGAGAAUGAAUUUAAAGAAAGGGAUGCUAUGGUUGAACUCGGGAAAUAUAUCUACAGGUACUCGGUUCAGUUGGCUAAACUGGAGAAUGAAGAUAUUCAAGGUAUGAAUGAGGGCAUUGCCAAAAUAAAGGAAUACUUUGACAGCAAAUCUAAGUGUGGAUGGGAGUGAACAAGCGCUUUGGGGUAAAUACUACGCAAGAAGCGACCACGAAGAGACCUCAGAAGGUCUUACCCUCUUCGGGCACUGGUGUCUCUGAGAGUGUAAUGAAAAAUCCAAAACACUUUGAAACAGAGCUGUGCCUCCAGGAGAAAGGAUAUUAUCUGAUUUACCCAAUGAGCCACCACCUCACUCAUGAGAUCAGGACUUCCACUGGUCACCAAAGUGACUUAGUUCAAGCUGGUAGCUGUGAGAGGCUAUAGGCGUGCACUGCAGCAAAACAAAUAUUGCCUCCCAAUCAUGACUCACUGGGUACUUCUUUCUUCAGGGUAAUUAUGUGGGGAUUCCUGCUUUUGUCCCUUGAAAACUCGGUACAUUUUCUGUCAUGUUUACUAAGUCCAUAUUGAAUAAUUGUUUACUUCAUAAAAGGAGUACCUUUUUUUCCUCAAUAACUUGAAGAGAUCUGAUAUUCUAUUGCUUUCAUACAGGAAAAGAACUGCAUUUGUUACAUUUACGAUCAAAGAUCUGUAGUUAAGUUAAAAUGUGUUUUUGCACAAGUGUAAUAUAUGUUAAUUAAAAUGCAAAUAGAAGUGGUCGUGUUUGGAUACAGAUGAUGUUCUGUUCAACUGUAACCUUCUGUAUUUUUAAUAUUUUAAUGGUACUAACUACAAGAAUCACAAAUAAUGUUUUAUAAUGUUAGCGAUAGCAGAAUGUUACUGGACAUGAAAGUCUAAUUACCGAUUUGUUAGAUUAUUAAAGGGUACCAGAUUGUAUUGACCUAUGGUACAUGCUGUAAAUUAGCAACAUAGGGUAACCAUAAACCCUAGCAGAGGUACAGUUACUUACUUAUUAAGCAUUAACUUUGUUGGAUGAUCACAGCUUACCCUGACAACUUCUGCAUUGUGCCUCUCAACGUCACUCAAGGUUUAAUUACAACUCCCACUUCAUCCCUUUGUCUCUCCAAUUUCUCCUCUCCCCAUCCGCACACAGGAAGGAAGGAGGUCAUUUGAAAAUAAUUGGAAAAGUUAUUUGAGACAAACAGAUAAAGUGCACAAACUUAAAUAAGGACAUAUAAAGGCCCUCAUUGUGAAACUGAGUAAAUUAACAGUUUGAAAAUCCAUUUAGCACCGUCCCAGAGCUUCAGACUACUGAGGGUAACACAAACAGGAUAGCAAAAGCAUUAAACGGGGCAAUGCCCCAAGAACUGCAGAAAGCAGCUCACUUUCUCCAGGGCAAUUAGGGAUGAGCAACAAAGACUGGCCAAGCCAGUUAAAAAAUGCACAAACCUGUACCUCAUCAUGGGCAGAUCAGUGGGAAAUUUCAAUUUGUGAAAACAGGGUAUUUCACAAGACUCUGAAGAGAUAUUGCCAUAAUUUCCUUAUCUCAUUGUACCAGGGUAAUAAAGGACCAGGUCUACCUGUCAUGUUACAUAACUUCGUUUAACUUUGCCACUACCUCCCCCACACAUCACUGCAGUGUGUCUGUUCCACCACAGCAUGGAACCAGACCCUUCGGCCCAACUUGUCCGUGCCAACCGGGUUUCGUGAACUGGCCCCAUUUGCCAGCGUUUGGCCCAUAUCCCUCUAAACCUUUCCUGCUUACAUACCUGUCUAUGUCUCUACGGGUGCAAUGUCCUCCAGCGUCAGUGCACUAUUAAUACCUUGUUGUUGAAGGGUGCAGUACCUACAAGCCAGCGUACUUCAUAAUUCAAUGACAUCUGUUCUCUUUUUGAGGACUAAUAGCAGUGUUUUCUUUUAUUAUUUGUGUUAUUGAUUUUGUCCAAUGCGAAUGGGGUAUGGCUUUCGGUUGCCAUUUUCACGGACUGUUCUUUCCCUGUCAGUUACUAUAUUCUGAAACUUGCUCUGUAAACCUUGUUCAUUUGGUUUCACUAAAAUAAAUGGUUUGGCUCAUUGUGUCUCCUUCUGAGCUCUACCUUGUGCAUUUAUCACAUGAUGGCACGUUUAUGUAAAUAUACUCAUUGAUAUGUAAGUGUAUGCAAAUAACUCCUGCUGGGACAUCUGCUAUCAGGGUAUGGCCACCUGACGAAGGAGCAGUGCUGUGAAAGCUUGUGAUUUUAA